AUGGCUUGCGCAUCGUCUUCUUUGACGGUGGAGUCCUAUGAAGAUGUUACCACCAGUGCAAUAGCGUCGGGGAGAGAGGAUGCCAAACCCUCAAAUAGGAGACGCCAUUCCUCCUUUCACCCCAGGCGAACGAGCAGUGAACAAGUGAUGGAUGGCGAGGAAGGUCUGAUGCUUAAGGUUGAUAUAUUUCUGUCGGAACUCGAACGCAGAUUAGAUUUCAUUGAGAAAUAUGGGAACCUUACCUUCGAUUCGAGUAUCUCAUGGUCAUAUGCGACGUUACAGGCCGUGAGGACGAGAUGUUCGCAGGUUUCUGGGGAGGUGUUGGGGGCUACGAAACGGAGGGCGAGGAUUAUGGUUGAGACUGUUGAAUCGAGAUACCAGGAUGCUUUGGUGGCGCACGAAACAUUACAUGAGAAAGUCAACACAGGCAUUGGGUUGCUAGAAGGGAUUCUUUCGGAGUUUGAAGUGAGAGCGUAUAAAGUAAAGGAGAAGGGUCUAAGAGGCACAGCGGAAAGUUUGAUGGGUGAGGGGCGCAAAAUGGUAGAUGAAGGAUUGGGAAAAGCAAGGGAAGUGGUUGACGAAGGUUUCGAAAGAGCGAAAAAGGCAGCGGGAACAGUGGAAGAACAUAUCGAGAACGCCAUUGCUCGAGCGAAGAAACACGGACUCAUCAGAUACGAAGACCUACCCAUUCCAUGGCGUGUCAACCCCCACAUCGUCAAAGGCUAUCGCUUUAGUGAAUCAAAAGUGGAAUGUAUACAAUCGAUGUUCGGAUUAUCAAACGAAACCGUGAAUAUUUGGUCACAUGCCAUCGGCUUGCUCAUUGUUCUAUCAAUCGCCUUUUACUUCUAUCCUUCCAGCCACGCAUUUUCCCUGAGUACGAAAGCCGAUGUCCUCAUUGCCGCAUGCUUCUUUUUUGCUGCUUGUAAAUGCCUUGUCUGCAGUACUAUGUGGCAUACAAUGAACAGCGUUGCUGACCAAACGCUGCUGGAACGGUUCGCAUGUGUUGAUUAUACUGGCAUCUCCCUACUCAUUGCCGCUUCUAUCAUGACAGCAGAUUAUACAGCAUUCUACUGCGAGCCGGUAAGUCGCUGGUUAUACAUGGGUGUAACCGCAGCCCUAGGCUUAGGGGGUGUCAUCCUUCCCUGGCAUCCAACCUUCAACCGACAAGACAUGGCCUGGGCACGCGUCGCCUUCUAUGUCUGUCUCGGUGCAACCGGCUUUGUUCCUGCCCUCCAACUCAACCUCACUCGUGGUGGAGCAUGGGCAACGGAAUUUUACGCGCCCCUUGCAAAAAGUAUUACGGUCUAUUUGGUCGGAGCAUGUGUUUAUGCUAGUCAAGUGCCGGAACGAUGGUGUCCAGGCGCUUUCGAUUACGUUGGAGGUAGUCAUAACCUCUGGCAUUUCGCAGUAUUGGGAGGAAUCCUUUUCCAUUACGUAGCGAUGCAAGAAUUCUUUGCAAAUGCAUUCGCGAGAGCUGAGAACGGCUGCACGAUGUAUUGA